UGUGUGAAGUGUUGUACGCACAGUCAGCUGUAUACUUCUCCGCCCCUUUCUUUCUGUCGGACGGUCAUCUAGUCUAGUGAGCAUUCCGUAUCCAUCGUGUGUUAUGCGCAGUUUAUCGUAUGUGAGUUAAAGCAUGUAAUAUAAGCUUCUCCUUGUCUUUUGCCAUCAUGGAUUUUAAGUCCGAGCUUCUGAAGUCUAUCUGGUACGCGUUCACUUCUUUAGACGCCGAGCACUGCGGAAAAGUUUCUAAGUCUCAGCUAAAGGUCCUCUCUCACAACCUUUACACUGUUCUGAACAUCCCCCAUGACGCUGUGACGCUGGAGAAGCAUUUCCAGGACGAUGACAGCGGCCCCGUCUCCAACCACGGCUACAUGCCUUACCUCAACAACUACAUCCUGGCAAAGGCCCAGGAGGGGACCUUCAACAAGGAGAUGUUUGACGAGCUGUGCUGGAUGAUGACCUCCAAGAAGAAGUACAAGCCCUCAGUGGAGAAAGGCCUCUGCUCCGGGAAGAACAGCUUCAAGCUCUUCUGUCUGUUCAACCUGCUGUCCGAGGACCACUAUCCUCUCGUCAUGAUCCCGCAAGAGGUUGAGUAUCUGCUGAAGAAAAUAUCCACGGCGAUGAAUGUGGACUGGGAUGGCAACCCCCUGGAGGACCUGCUAUCCCAGGAUGCAUCUGUGCAGGAGGGCAUGUCAGUGUGGGAGUUCCUGGAGUUCAUGGACACGGGGCAUCUCAUGAGGACAGACUGCAUGGAGACCUUCAGCCUGGCUCUCGACGAGGUCUUCAUGGAGAUGUACCACAAUGUCCUCAAGAAGGGUUACAUGCAGAAGAAGGGGCACCUGCGGAAGAACUGGCAGGAGCGAUGGUUCGUGUUGAAGCCCAGCCUGAUGGAGUACUAUGUGGGGGAGGACCUGCGGGAGAAGAAGGGGGAGAUCUCACUGGACCAGAGUUGUGUGGUGGAGACCAUUGCUGAUAAGGAGGGGAAACGCUGCCUGUUUUGUGUCAAAACUCCAGGAAGAACAUAUGAAAUGAGUGCCUCAGACCUGAAACAGCGGGUAGAGUGGAUACAAGCGAACCAGACUGCCCUGAAGCUUACGCAGGAGGGCAAGACUUCCCUCCACCAGGAGCUGAAGCUGCGCAGACGAGACCAGAGGGAGAGCAGGAGCAGGAGCAGCAGCCAGACUGAGGAGCCGGUCGCUCAAGAGCAAAGCCAGGACCUCCAGCAGGAGAUAGACAGCAUCAUCCAGCACCAGAAGGACGUGGACAAACAACGGAAAGAGAAGGAGCAGCAGGAGAAAGAGCAACAGCUGGAGCUUCAAAGACAACUGGAGAGACAGCUGGAAGUGGUUAACAAGGAAAAAGCGUGUAUGGUGGCCCAAAUAGCCCAAAUGGAGCAGGAGGCAACGCAGUGCAAGGAGAGGAUCGAAGGGCUGGUGUUGACUCAGGAGAAACUAGAGAAGUCUCUCAAUGACCAGAUACUGGCUCGCCUAGAGGAGGAGACCAAACGGAAAGACCUGGAAAGACGGUUAGAGGAGGAACAGCAGAAAGUUGAGCAGUUACUGAGCGUCCACAAGAACACAGACAGCAGCGCACUCAAAGAAAAGGAGGAGGAGGAGCAGGAGGAGAGCCAACAGCCUGCGGUCGAGGAGCAGGCCUCCUCCUCCACUGUCUCCAGCCUGACUCCUCCACCCGAGGGCGGCUCCCAACCCCAUACUGCAGAUCCUCCCAUUCUCUCUCCGAUGGCCUCCACACCAGACCAAGCACCUCAGGAGCUCCCCCGCCUACCAGAGAAGAAGAAGACGGGAGAGAGACAACAGCGCCAUCUAGAGAAAGCAAAAUUACUGGAUGGUCAGCGUGAUCUGAAGCAGUGGAACGUCCAGUUUAACCGCCUCAUGACACCUAUCACACCUGGAGACCGGAUAGACCACCGUCCUCCCGCAAAGAUCAGCUGCCCCAAACAGGACCGGGCUCUUACCAGCACCGAAUUCAUCACCAAGUUCCAGUCAAACCAUAGGAAGGAGGGGGAGGAGGAAGAGAGCCAAUCACAGGCUGGGAGCCAGUCCGACCAAAAGGCCUCAGCCGACGGACCACACCAAUGAGAGUGACAAUCACAUUUGUAGAUAUGAAGUCAAAAGCACAGCAGUUCAGAUGCUCAAGACAGCAUUAGUUCCUGUUGUAUUGCAAUGAGAGGAAGCCAGACUCCUUUCAGAGUGAUUGUUGACAGGUUUCGGGUUUCAGGAUUGAGGAUACACCUUUUAUACUCUUCUUCCUCUUUUGACUGAAACACGCUGUGGAACUGCCACUUGUGGUCAUUUUUUCCUGCACAGUUAGAAAACGGUCAAAUUCAUCUGUCGAGUUGCUAGACUGGGUAUGCCUACAAGUGGUUUUAGUGGCCUACGGUGGCUUUUUAAUGAAAAAAACUAUUGUGGGCAAUUAAACUCCAUAUCAACACUAAUAGUUGUUACAUCUCAUUACGAGACAAAAGGGCCUGCCCUUUUUUAAUUUUCAUAUUAUUGUAAUUAUAUCUUUAUCUGAGUGCAUUCAGUACUGUUGCUUUGAGUUUAAUGUCACUAAUGGUAAUUUGAGAAUUAUAAUACUAAAAAUGUUAAGCAUAAAUAUGAGGAAAAUGGCCAGUUCUUGCCUUGUCUGUCAUGUACUGAAUAAAAUGAAAUUAAUAAAAUAAUUUAUUAAGAAAA